AUGGAGGCGGCGGCGCUCGGCUGCUGGGGCGCCGUGCUGGGGACCGCGGUGUCGCUGCCGCUCCUCCUCCUCGCGGCGGCCCCCUACGUCAGGAGGUAUGUUGCUGGAGGACAGUGUAAGUCAACGGCUAAGCUAGAUGGGAAGGUGGUGAUAAUCACAGGAGCCAACACAGGCAUCGGGAAGGAGACAGCCAGAGACCUUGCACGAAGAGGUGCCAGGGUGAUUAUUGCCUGCAGAGAUAUAGCAAAGGGAGAAGUUGCAGCAAAUGAAAUCCGUGCUGAAACAGGGAACCAGCAGGUCAUUGUGAAAAAACUGGACUUGGCUGAUACAAAGUCCAUCCGGGAGUUUGCUGAGAAUGUUCAAGCAGAGGAGAAGGAACUCCAUAUCCUUAUUAACAAUGCUGGAGUGAUGCUUUGCCCUUACUCCAAGACAGCAGAUGGCUUUGAGAUGCACCUGGGAGUCAAUCACCUUGGUCACUUUCUCCUGACCUUCCUCUUGCUGGAGCGUCUCAAACAGUCUGCCCCAGCCCGCAUAGUGAACGUGUCCUCACUGGCUCAUCACGGGGGCCGCAUCCGCUUCCAUGACCUUCAUGGGGAGAAGAGCUACAACUGCGGCCUCGCCUACUGCCACAGCAAGCUGGCUAACGUGCUCUUCACACGGGAGCUGGCGCGGCGCCUGCAAGGUACUAAAGUCACGGCAAACUGCCUGCACCCCGGCUCUGUCCAUUCCGAGCUGGUGCGGCACUCCUGCGUAAUGACGUGGCUCUGGAGGAUGUUCUCCUUCUUCCUGAAGACUCCCAGGGAGGGGGCGCAGACCAGCAUCUACUGUGCAGUUGCAGAGGAGCUCGACUCUGUGACAGGACAGUAUUUCAGUGAUUGCAAGCCAGCAUACGUAUCUCCACGGGGUCGGGAUGAUGCGACAGCAAAGCAGCUCUGGAACGUGAGCUGUGAGCUCCUAGGCAUCCAGUGGGACUGAGCAGCACUGAGCUCGAGUGUGCCUGUGGAUGACUGCUGAGGCUUCAACUCCUGGGAGCCACACUGCUGAGAGACCUCAAGACAAGAACUUUGGUCCUUCCACAUGCCCUCAUGAUGGGUCCAUGGACACAACUGAGUAUGAAUUUCUGGAAUAUUAUGCUUAAGGAGUGAGAUUAGUAAGCAGCUGGUCCCCCUUCCUAGCUGGAGACUUCAGAAGGCAAAUUCAGAUAUUACUAAUAUAUACUUGCCAUGCCAUAGCCAGGUGCUAAUUCUACUCUAGCCCUAGAAUAGAAAUGGGAAGUAUAGUCUCAUUUUUAGAUUAUGAAGCAGCAAAGACUUCCCUUGUGAGAUUUUUUUUUCCUUUGUUUUUGUCCACAAAAGUAGUAAUAUUAAGGUAGGACCAUAAAUUCUCAGUUCCUAGUACUUGACUGACACUAGAAGUACUUUCUAAGUGAUUAAGGUUUCUGGCACUUUGAUGCAAUACAAAUGCUCCCGAGGCCACUGAAAGAGGUGCUGGCCUUUUUGUGCCAAGCAUUAGUUAAAGUUUGUAACUGGAAUUAAGUAUUGUUCCAAAGAUGCUCUGCAAGAUGCUGGACCACAGCUGCUGAAGCCACGGCCACAGGUAACUACUGAUGGUCCUCAGUAACUAGGCGGCUGAGCAUCAGGGUCUCUGUGCAGCUGAGGGGACGUUAAAGGCUGUGACCCUGCUCAGGUGAGUUUUCUCACUUCAACAAAUUAACUUUGCUACUUUGAAGCAUUAAGCAAAGUUGUAAAAACUGUCACAGUAAAGCCACCAGCUGCACUUCAACUGACUUCAGUCCCCUUCAACCCACACUUCAGCUAGACUGAAAGAGCUUUAAAAAACAGAACAAACAAACCACCUUCAGUUGAGCUUUCAACUUUAUCUGACAGCUGCCAGGGCAGGAAGGUUGCUGGAGCCGAGUGGCUCAGCACGAUGACGCCGGUGCUAGGGGGAGCUUUGCAGAGCAGUGAGGCAGAGCAGUAGGAGCUUCCCGCAAGGGUGCACUGGGCUGCCCUGCAGGACUGGGCUAGGCUGCCCAUGGCUGCCAGCCUGGCCGUGCAGAAGCAGGCAGCAGCUGUGUGCCCAAAGGGCAGCUUGGGAAUCCACACACUAGUGUCACUGCUCCCCUGGAACUGAGCUCUUGGGCUGCUAACUUUGGUUCAAACUGCUACAAGAGACCAGCAAUCAGAUGUUUAAAAGACUGAAGUGGACAGAAACAAGUGCUUAUGGAAUUAUCUUGCCCUUCUGGGGAAAAAAAGAAAAAAAAAUCAGAACAUAAGCAUUCCACUGUGACAAAGCAGCAGUUUUAGAAAACAUGGUUAAUUCUGCAUGGGUUUCCAUGCAGCUCAGUGCUGAGCUACUUCUGAGAAAUACUCGAGCCAUUUUCUUUUUCGAGCAGGUACCCCUGCUUAUUUCCUUCAGCAAUGUCGAAGCAGUUUAGUUGGUGCUGCUGCCCUGUGCACCUGCCUUACCCCUGCAAAGAACUCACUUUGUGUUGCAUUAAGUCCUAAUGUGUUUUUCUUUGUCACAAUCUGUUUCCUCCCUUAUGUGGCACCUUAAAGGUGGGGUUAAAUCCACAACUAAGCCAGAACAGUAGAUAAUACCAGGCACCUGCACCUCACACUCUGUAACACUCAUCUUGAAAAGGGUUUAAAAACAAUGAAAGGAAAGAGAAGGGGGAAAAAAAAAAAAAAAACAACAAAAAAACGACCAUAGUGUCUCUGGCCCAAACACUUCUCCCGUGAAGGUCAAGUUUUCUCAAAGGUCUGUAGCUGUAACAUAAAGCAGCUAGCAGCAUAUUUCCAGAAACACAAACUUCCUUUUUUUGACCUUGGGCAAAUUAUUUAUCCCUCUAAAGUUGAGCUGUAAAAUGAGGCAACUUAAGCUCAUUUAGCUGCCUCAAAGAGAGGCUGUAACAGAGCAUCAGAUUAACUUGUAGAGCCUUCUGAAGAGGAUUAGGGACCUGUGAGAGUGCAUUUAUAAGCUGUUAGGAUGAAAUAAAUAGCAUUUCUAAAAUGUGAUACUCCAACAGCUUUAAAUUUUGAACGUACUGUAGCAAAGAGGCAGAUUUUUGAACCAAAGGAGAUUUCUUCCCCUUCCCUCAGCUAAGCAUAGCAAUAAAGCAAAACCUGGACCUAGAAAGAGAACCCAGCUAUGUUCAGGUAGAAAACAAAAACAGAAGCUAUGUUGAGAGAUCUUCAGUGAUAGUACUUUAUUUAUGUAUUUAUGCAUUGUAAACAAACC